AUGCGCUGGCUUGCAACCGCUUUCACAAUCCAGGUCCUUGCUUCGCUGGUCGAAGCAGCCAUCAUGAAUAUUACAGACACGCGGAACAUACGAGACAACCGAUACGCUAAAGCACACUACCUACCUGAAUCACACUCCUUCGACCCAAGAGACGGAUGGGAACCUGUCAAUAUCUCCAAUCUGAACUACAAGUAUCUCGCGUCAAGUCACAAGGAUCACUCCUUCCAUAGAGCACUGCGCAGGUCGUCCCAAAACAACACGUCUGCCGGUACCAGAACAUCGAAAUACGAAGAAAAGCACGAAAAAACCUCAAAUGCAACCACGACCACUGGAUUUUUAGGAACCGUGGUCUCAAGCCUUACUUCUAUCUUUGCGGGAUGUAUGGGCAAGGGACCCUCGGAGGGCGUCACCGUAACUUGGUAUACUGGCCAUGACCUAGAGAAUCCCAGUUGUUGGAGUAACGGAGGAUGGGCACCAACAGACAAGUCUUUCGUGGGCGCCGUCACCUUGGAUGGUUGGACGACAAAGCCACAAUGCUUCGCGUUCAUCGAACUUUGCAACGGCAAGACGUGUAUAUUUAUUCGUGUCGUGGACACUUGUGCUGGGUGCACCAAAGGAUCUCGUCACGUCGAUCUCACCAAGGCGGCAUUCAGCGAACUGGCGAGUCUGGAUGAAGGCGUACUGACCGUGCAGAUGCGACAAGCAACAGACCCCGAUAACUGGGACAAUGACUUGUGGGGGCCACGGACCGCCAAAUCCUGA